GGGCGGUUGGCGGCUCCCGAGCCCAGCGCCGCGCUCAGUCCGGACCCCGUGACCGGCGGCCGAGGCCCCGCCUCCGUCUGUCUGUCCUUCGGGCCCUCAGCGCAGCCGUGCGGCCCUCCCUAGGGUGUGGAGAGCGGGCCCCGCCCUGAAGGGGCACCGUGGGCUGGGGGGCCUGUUUUGGAGCAGGCACGGGUGGCCGAGCUCCGUGACCAUGAAGGUCAAGGUCAUCCCCGUGCUCGAGGACAACUACAUGUACCUGGUCAUCGAGGAGCUCACGCGCGAGGCGGUGGCCGUGGACGUGGCCGUGCCCAAGAGGCUGCUGGAGAUCGUGGGCCGGGAGGGGGUGUCUCUGACCGCUGUGCUGACCACCCACCAUCACUGGGACCACGCGCGGGGAAACCCGGAGCUGGCGCGGCUGCGUCCCGGGCUGGCGGUGCUGGGCGCGGACGAGCGCAUCUUCUCGCUGACGCGCAGGCUGGCGCACGGCGAGGAGCUGCGGGUGAGCGCGCGUUCCCGGGAGGGGCGGGGAGGGCGCCCCGGGUCCGCCUGCCCUCACAGGUCUGCCUGCUCCUCCACCGCAGUUCGGGGCCAUCCACGUGCGUUGCCUCCUGACGCCCGGCCACACCUCCGGCCACAUGAGCUACUUCCUGUGGGAGGACGAUUGCCCGGACCCACCCGCCCUGUUCUCGGGUACCCGCAGCGCGGAGCGCGCCCCCACCCGGCCUCCCGCCGGCCCCGCCCCAUCUGCUCUGACCCGCCCUCCCCCGCCAGGCGACGCACUGUCGGUGGCCGGCUGCGGCUCGUGCCUGGAGGGCAGCGCCCAGCAGAUGUACCAGAGUCUGGCCGAGCUGGGUACCCUGCCCCCCGAGACGGUGAGCGGGCCUGGGCCCUCCCCUCCUCUCCCGUGGGCACAGCCCCCACGCUCCGCACCCUCACUGUGCCAGGGGUGCAGAGUGAAUGCCCACCUGAGGGCAGACCGGGCAGGGGAGGCCAGGCCACCGGCGCGAGCACUUUCCCCGCUUCGUGGCCGCGUGCGCGCUCACCGAACGCUCUUCCUCCAGAAGGUGUUCUGCGGCCACGAGCACACGCUCAGCAACCUGGAGUUUGCGCAGAAAGUGGAGCCCUGCAACGACCACGUGAGAGCCAAGCUGGCCUGGGCUAAGAAGAGGGAUGAGGAUGACGUGCCCACAGUGCCGUCGACUCUGGGCGAGGAGCGCCUCUACAACCCCUUCCUGCGGGUGGCGUGAGUAUGGCUGUUGUCCCGGGGCCUCCACCAUUACGUGGACCCUUAGGAAGGUACCUGGGGACCGCGUGCUGGGCUGAGUGAGCAUCUCUGGCUUGGGGGAGGCUGCUCAUUAGGUGCCUGCCUGCCCGCCCACCCCUCGGCGCCAUCCUCCCGCGUGGGCAGUGGGCCCUGCGCCUCACUGCACCCCUCCCUGCAGAGAGGAGCCGGUGCGCAAGUUCACGGGCAAGGCGGUCCCCGCCGACGUCCUGGAGGCGCUCUGCAAGGAGCGGGUGCGCUUCGAACAGGCGGGCGAGCCGCGGCAGCCACAGGCGCGGGCCCUCCUUGCGCUGCAGUGGGGGCUCCUAAGUGCAGCCCCACACGAGUGAGCCACCCAGACCCUCACAGGGCUGGGGCCUGCGUCCCUCCUCGUGACCUCGGCCCGCUGGACCCACGCGAGGGCCACCUCUGGAACCUUCUUCGAGGCCCUGGCCAGCCAUCUGCCCAGCCUCGGGAGGUGGGCAAGCUGGUGCUUCCUGGGUGGACACACAGGACCACUCAGUGGGGCCCGUGUGGGCGCCGAGAGCUGGGUGUCUGCGAAUUGGGGCACACGGGGCCUCCGAACUACGAAUAAAGCUUCAAAAGGCC